AUGGUACGCAGCCGAAGUGAGACAAAUUUAAAUCGAAUAUUUAUCGAUUUAUGUACAAGUCCAGAAGUACGUAAUAAAUUUGGUCAUCAACGUAAUAAACAAUUACAACAUAAUCCUCCUUUGCCAAGUUUGAAACCGAUUAAAUCCAAUUCUUGUUCAAAUAUAGAUGAAUUGUCUCAACAUAUUGAAUCAUCAUUAUCAAUCGAGAAUAAUCAAAAGGAACAAAUAGAUACAUUAGAUCUAAUAAAUACUGCAACAUUACCCAUCUUAGAAAAUCCAUCUAAUGAACCUUCACAUUCAACUGCUGCUUCAUUAGUACCUAUGGAAUCAACAGGUUUUGCUGUUCAAACAACUUCAUUUCCAAAUCAUCAUUCAUUAACAUUAUUUGAAACAUUAGCAAUAUGUCAUUUCAAAAAACCUUCGUUACAAAGAGAAACUUCUAACGAAAGUAAAAUUAAAGUAUCAUUAUCACCAUCAAAUGCUUCAACUGCAUCACGAGAUUGGAAACAACAAGAUUUUAUAAAUCGUUUACAAAAUCAAGCAAAUAAUAUUCAACAUGGUUAUCAACGAUCACCAUCUGAUGAAAUAAUAGCAUUACCAUAUAAUGGAAAUCCAUUGUUCAAAGAUAAUACUUAUGCAAAUAAUGCUCUUAACAUCGCAUCAAAUAUUUCUCGUCCGACAACAAUUGAUUUAGCAACUUCUGCAUGCUCAACAUUAUCAUCCAUAACUUCGUAUACAGAUGAUAAUCAACUUGAUAAACCUCGAAAAUCACGAUCACUUAUGAGUUCAUUUCGAAAUUCAAUAUUGCACCGACGCAAAAAACAUCAUAAAAAAGAUCAACAAAAUGAAAAUGCUGCAAUUUCAGCGUUGAAUACUACAGUAGAAACUAGUGUUAUACCACAUAGUGUAUCAGCAGAACCAUGUCUAUCUAUAAGUUCAACCGAUACAAUAACGCCUCAUCGACAUCCUUCAAUAUAUCGAUCAUUUAGAAAUAUAUUUCGAUCAAAAUCAAGUAAAAAAAAAUUAGAUACAAGUAAUAUUAUUAUGGAACAUCGGGAUUCACAUUCUACAUUAACAUCAACACCAAAAAAACGUCGAUUUUUUCGUCGAUUUAAAUCAGAAAAAAAACAACAAACUAAUGCAUCAGCUAAUUCACUAACCAGUGAUGACUGUACAAGGUCAGAAUCAGCACGAAAUACACCUAUUCGAGCUAAUGUUGGUCGUCCGGUGACAAUGACAAAACCGCUUGUUCAAUGA